AUGUCUGACGAAGCGAAGACGUUGCAAUCACAGAUUCUGUUCGGUUCAUCACAUUGUUCGUGCAGUAGUUGCGAAUCAAUAUUAUGUUUCGCAAAAAGAAACAGGGAACUAAACAAAUGCAAUUGUCCCACAUGCCAAGAGUUAGGAAGUUGCUUAUACAUAACUAAAAAUAAAGACGAAGAAUGCUACGAGAGUUUAAACGUUCCAACUGAAAAUAUACCAUGUCAUAUAACUAAAGAGAUUUCUGUUAAUAAAUUUAAAACUCCAACAACAAGAGGAAAGAUUGAUAACAAAAAUAUCGUAAGUAUAAGACUAUUUAAAAGAAAUGUCAUAGUGCAAGCCAAACCGCAAUGUUACGAUAUACCAAUAAUGAAUAAAUGUAAAAUAAAUUCAACUACCAAUGAAAAUAACGACGUAAAAGAAUAUUCUCCUAUAACUUACAUCGUUAAUAAAGUACUCACGACAUACAAUGAUAUAUCACUGAGAGAUAUUAUAGAAAAAAUAAAGAAAGUUUAUAAAGCCUGCAGCUGUAAAGUAUGCGAUUGCGUUGCUAACGAUAUAAACGUAUGCAAAUGUAAACCCUGCGAAUGUAUCGAAUGCAAAAGUUACUUGAAAGACAAUGAUGAUGAGAAAAUCAGCAACGUUUUUAAUUAUUAUCCAGUCAACGAUGAAGCGAAAGAAACUUACAGUGGUUACAACCGUAAUACUAACGAUUCAUUGAAAUUACACAGCAGUGUGUGUAGCUGUAAACCUUGCGAUUGUGAACUAUGUAGAAUGUAUACUAUCAAAUUAAAAGAAAGCAUGCAAUCUUACUUAAAACAUCCAGAAGUAAAUGAACCGCUAUUUUAUAAAACGAAAUCAAGCAAAAAUAUUGAUAAUAAACAAACUGAAAUAUGUUCUUGCAAACCUUGUCAGUGCAUCAAGUGUAUGUCACCGUUCAACAUGCCAAAUAAGGUUGUUGUCGGAUCUGUGACAGAACAUUUGCAAUCUACCGAUUGUACGUGUGUACCUUGCGAUUGCGCCGAUUGUCGGAGCGCCAUACCCUCCACCUCACCACAUCUGAUGAGAGAGACCUCUACCGACAUGGCAGAGACGACAAAUUGUCGAUGUGAUAUAUGCUUUAGUCAUUCUUGUCGACAAACAAGAGAAACUUGUGGAUGUGAGAGUAGAAAUAGUGUUAUAAGUAAACCAUUCGAAAAAGACACCAAAGACAUAGACAUUCAUAGAGCGCUUAUUACUAAAAGUAAAGGUAAAACUGACCAAAUCGAACAAACUUGUACUAUAUCUGUAUUGACAAAAAUAAUAAAAGAUUAUAAAAAGAGGGAAGCUAGGAAAGCUAAGAAAUCUAAGAGUGAAGACACAAAUAAAUGUUUAAAAUGCAAUAGCAGAAUGAGAUGUUCCUCGUCUCUAUGUGAAAAAAGUCAUUACUCGACACAUCACGUGAAAAAAAUAGAAGUAACAAAAUGUCAAUGCAGUCCUUGUGAAUGUGAUAUUUGUGAAAAACUUAAAACUGUUGACAACGGAGUUUGGAAAUCCGUGAAAUUCAGAUCGAAAUGUUUCUGUGACGUGUGUCGCUGUAUUUACUGCGGUGGCGAGCUGCAAACUCAGAACGAAGCCGACAAUGAACAAGAUAGACCGCAAACAUCUCACUGCGGAAAAAAGUCUGAGAACACAUCCACUUUUACAAGUCACCAGUCUAUGUAUCCUGCUCUUUUGUGUGAAUAUCCAAGACCUGUCAAUGAAAAUGCACCAAUGUAUAACAGCAAUCACUACGAAAGUGAUAACUUAUUUAAAUAUACUUGCGAUGACUGUAUUCGUAUGGUAAACGGAGAUAAAAAUGAAAUUAAACAGAUCAAUUCCGAUCUAUCUGGUUCAUUUUGUAGUUGCCGUGCUAUAAAUAGUUGUCAUGAACCGAGCCAUAAUUUGUGUUCUGCUGAAAUGCUAAAUUUCUAUGAAAGUAAAAAUUCUUUAUCCGAUAAUAAAGUUGUCAACAAUUUUGUCAAUGAAAUCAUGCAGAUUGAUGAAAUUAAAACCAAUGUUGAACAUGAAAAUCAAAAUGAAUCAUCCAAUAGUUUCGAUUCUACAUCAUGGAGUUUCCAAGAGGAACAAACAAGACAAAAUAAUUCACAAAUUUCCUUAAAGAAAACGAGCGAAGCAAAUGAAAAUACUAUUCAAAAACAAGAAACAGAAGUCAACGAACCUUGCGUAUUCUGUGGAACUUUCACUUUAAAUACUUUCAGUACGAAUACUGGCCACAAAGAAGGAAUUCAAAUAAUUCGAGAAUGUUUUGCUAAAACUAAUUUAGCAUUGUUAAAUGAUUUUGAUGUAAACAAAGAAGAAAAUGAAAACAGUAUCUCAGAAGAUUCCGAUAAUGGUAAUUUGGAUGAGAAUACUCAAGACAGUAAAGAUGAAUUUGAAUAUAACGAUGAUUAUUUUGAAGAACGAAGUAUUUUGUUUAAAGCAAAGUUAUUGACAUCGGAGCUUUUAAAAAUGCUAUAUGAGUUUCAAAAAGCAAAUAAAGAUUUUGAUGCAUUUAAAAACAAUUCGGAUUACGAUACUAAAUCAGAAGAAAAUCAUAAAAAUUUACGAUCUAGUCAACUGGGAAAUAUGACACGUCAAGAUUUAUUGCAAGUUUUAUCAUUGGAAAGCAAAUGGAACAUAAAUGGUGAUACUAAAUUACAAGAAAAUAUUACUAAUAUAGAGAAUUGUCAAGAAGAUAAUGUACCGUUCACAAAUUUUAAAUAUUCCUGGUCUAAAACAGUUUUAGUAAAUAAAAGAAAAAAUCAAAUCUUUCCAUGUUACAGUAAAACUGAUUUGACUAAUGAUUUAAACGAAUUUAACUAUAGUGAAACUAUUUACACAGAAGAAAGAACUGAGUUGGGUUUUAAAAAAAUAAAUAACAAUUUGGCUGGAAAUAUAAACUAUUUAACCCGUGCUGAAGACUUACCUAAAUUUAAACAAUCAAGUAUCAUUGAAAACGAAUUUUCUGAUAACAUGCAAGAUUGCAAUAGAACUAUAAAUACAGUGAAAUAUUCAAAUUUUGAAGCAUUAAAUUACGCAGACAUCGUGAGUGCAAAGAAAAAGAAAAUCUGCGACGACAAUCGUCAUAUUUUAAUUGAGAAUAUACUUCAAAACACUAAACACGAAGUGAAUUCAAAAUAAAAGAUAUGCACAAUACAAUUUCAUACAACCAAAUAUCUAUGAGAAUAAAAUGUGCCGUCUAAAAGUGCCGUGGUCCAUUAAAAUGAAGAUUCAAACACCAAUAAUAAUUUAGAUGGUUUUUACAUUAUAAAAUAAUAAAUACACGAUUUAAUUUAA